ACUUCAGGCGUGUUCCUUAGCAUUUCCGCACGUACGGUGGGCGGGGAGGUCCAACCCGGAAGUCGAGCCGCAUGUGCCUGCCCCGGUUUGUUGUCACGUUGAGCUGUGAACGUCUGAACUGGUCCUGUCGUCCUGUCGUCGUGAAACUGGGAUUUACACGUAGUUUAAAAUGAACUCCAAGUCAAAUGGGGAAAAGGACGAAGAUCAAUUGUUUCUCGAACAGUUGUUGGACAAGUUUUACGAGUUUGAUAAUGGACCUGCAUCAAAAAAGAAGCUCAAGAAGAAGAAGAAGAGAAACCGGCCUGAGGAAGAAGAGGAGGAGGAGGAAGAUCAGGUCACUGCAGUGAAGGAUGUUUGCGUUGACACUAAAGAUGAGCAAGCAACAAAUACUGUCACUGAACAGCAGCAACAACAACAACAACCACAGACAGGUGCAGCCGUCCGGCAGGUGAGUCAGGUCGAGGUCGUGACUUAUCAAGAUUACAGAAAGAAACUGAAGACCAAUCAGACGCCGGCUUCAAACAAAACACCUGCUCCUCAGAUCCCAGAGAAGACACAAAGCGACCCGAUGGACGAAAUCAAUUUAGAAAAGGCUCGGCUGGAGGUCCAUCGGUUCGGAAUCACCGGAUAUAAGAAGGAGCAGCAGCGUGUCUUUGAGAAGGACAGAGCCAUCAUGCUCGGAGCCCGGCCUCCGAAGAAAGACUACGUCAACUACAAGCUGAUGCAGCGACAGAUUCAAGAGAAGAAGCAGAAAGCCAAAGAGGACGUUCAGCCGUCUGACUUGAAGAAAAAGAAGAAGAUAAAUAAUCAGAGGGACAGGAAGAAGGCGUCGUCCGGCUCUGGCGCCGGCCCCUCGGGUCAGGUGGGGCGCUUUAAGGACGGGCUGCUGGUCCUGAGCUCCAAGGAGAUCCAGACAAUUAAAGGCAACAAGAGACGCAAAUAGGUUUGUUCAUGUGCUUCUGCUGAGGAACUGAAGCACAAGGAUGAAGAGGAAGUGGACGAGAGCUGCUCCUGAUGUGACCCGGGAGGUUGAUUCCCUGACGUGUCGCUGGUCGCGGUGGGAACAUGGCGACGGCCCGACUGGCGACCGACCGCUGAGUCAGAAAUCCAAUCUAUCGACUCCCCCUGAAACGGAGCCGGAGCGUUCCUGGGUGGGGCGGCACGUUAAUGCACGAGACCAGAGACUCUGUUGAAUCAUAUUCCAUCACAAUUUAUUUAUUUUUUGUUUUUAUAAAUGACCACAAAAAGAUAAAGAAAGACAUUUGCGUCUCGCUGUUUUUUUUAAACGAUGCAUUUCUCAUAUACAAACCAUUUCAGUCUUACAAAACAUUUAUAUUGGCAGCAGGGGAGGGACACGGUGGAGGGGAAAUAGUCAAAUUAGAAAUGUACACACAUGUUGUUCCAUGAAGAAAGACACACAUAAACACUUUGCCCAUGAGAAAGAGGAGGGCUCAUGCCAGUGCAGCAGAUUCUCCGUUGUUCUAGAUGUAAACAUUGAAGUCUUCACAGACUCAAUAAAGACUUGUGGCGACAAACGGAACCUGCGAUCUGACCGUGUGCGUCUGGGUGAGGUCACAACUUCUCACACCGUUUCUCUAAAAGCAGCUUUUUGCAUGUGGACAUUUCACCGGAGAGGAGCAGGAGGAAAUCUGAAGUUUAUCUGCAGCACGUUUGAUUUUCCAGGAGGUUCUGCAGCCAGCGAGCAUCAUACAAACAGAAAAAUAAAUAUGUAAUUCAGUAUAUUUACAUAGUCAAGCGUAGAUAUAUUUUUUCUUCUGAUGUGUUAACAGUAAAUAAAUAAUCGUGACAUGCUG